AUGGAGAACACCUUGACAAAGGGAAAGAGUAAUUGUUCGCGCGAACAAGGUAUUACUGAUUUGCCAACGUUUCGGAUGUUUGGACCCGAGCCAACCUCAUUAACCCUUUAACCCCUAAGAGUGACUAGCAUCUAAUUUCUCCUUACAAUAUCACCCCUGGAUCAAACAUGAAGGUGAUGAGAAUAGAGGAGAUGAUCACCAACUAAAGAAGCUCUUGAUUGUUGAACAAAUUCUCCUUGUCAGCACGAAAGCAAGUGGACAAAAUGUUAAAACUGGAUUUAUUUAGAUUUCAGGUUAGCCUUGAUGUGCACUCAUGGCUCGAGAAUGUUGCGCUGCAGGCGAGGAACCAUUCUUUACUUUAUGGACAUCAAAGCAAAUCACGUCCAAGCCCCCAACCAUAAGUGCAGUCGUCACAGAGAAAACCGUGGCAACAAAACAGUGGCACGUAAUCGUCUUUGUAACGUGACAAAGAUGAUCGAAGAGUUACGCAGCCGUUGCCAAGGGAGAAAGGAUUGUUGGAUAAAACUAAGUGAAAGCCUUAUUGGAAAAGCUUGCACAAGAGAGGUGGUGUUCUUACGGGUGAACUACACUUGUGAACAAAGUAAGGAUCUUAUAAGACUUGUCUUAAGUUGGCUCGAUACCGUUUUCGCCUGUUGAAAGGUUAGAUGACUUUUUCCAUUGGAAUUCUCAUCUAAUCAGUAUCUUCCUCCAUCAUUUGAGUAAUUUCAAAAUUGAGUGUCGAAAAUAAUCCUGCGUUGCUUUGGUUUCGCUUUACCUCGCUGAUUGGUCCAGAAACCUCGCUCCCUGAUUGGUCCAGAAAACUCGCGCUACUCUCUCAACAGUCAAAAUGGAAAACUAAAAUCAAUCAUGCCUUGGUCACCCGCGCUUUAGGAAGUUUGGUCAUUUUCAUUUUGAUUUUCAUUGGAUCUUAAAGGUAUUUUCUUUUCUUAAGCGUCGGGUUUAAAAACACCAAAAUAUGAGACUAUUAAUUAUUAAUUUUCGAUUGAUCGUCGUGAUUACUUUGGUUUUGAUUUUACGACGCCCAAUCGAAAUGUGCUCUAAUUAUUCGUCUCCCAUUUUAAUGCUUUUAAAUCCUUUCUAAACCAGCCAAAAUUAUGGAAAAGACUUCUAAAAAUAAAAUGUUGGGUGAAAAAUCGAGAAUUUAAUCUUAUGUUAACAUGGAUGAUUUUGACUUUGGUAACUAACAAACCCUAUCAUGUGACUUCAUUGUAUCGAAUUUUAGACAUAAAUCUGGGAGCUUAUAAUAGCUCACCCAACAUGUAUACGAACCAGUGCAAUAUCUUAUUUUCUCUACAUUUGCUAUAAAGGAGUAAAUGAUUCGGUUGAAAAUCCUGAGAGACCAGACCAUCCAACGUGUUCGGAUCACCUUGACAAGCUGUGCCCUGAGACUUAUGACGAACAAACAGAUGAUGUCAGUGGUGAUGAUGAUAGUAACGCAUAUGAUGACUACGUUAAUGAUGUUGAUGAUGGCUGGAGUGAUAAUGAUGACGAUGAGAACUACCCCACUGGAUAUGACGAAGACGUUUAUGAUAUUCUUGACGAUGAGAUGGCUCAGAUCAACGGUUUCCUGUUCAAGCCGUUUGAGCACAAGAGCGGAAAAGAUCACCGUCCGCGGUAUAACUGGAUCAAACAACCUGACUUGUACAACGAAUUCAAAUUUAAUUUUUCUUCAGGUAAGACCAGUUUACAACUUUAACAUAACGCAAACUUGGAGGAAGACGUUUGUCGUCUUGUUACUAACGUGGGACAAGGAAAAAAUUCUGAGUCCCUAUGUGGAAUCGAACUUCAGACCUUUGGAUUCCGCGCUGCAAUGCUUUACCACUGAGCCACAGAGACUCUAUGGCGAGCGAGGUCUAUUACGAAAUUGUCCAUAUGACACGCGUCCUACAUACUGCAAGGAUCAACUAUGUCGAUAGCGUCAUGUCCUCACGGGGAAUUGGAAUUUAUUUUUUUUGUCCCACGCUCGUGACAAGACGAAAAAAAAAAUUUCUUUAUUUCUUUACCGGGCUCAAAACUUCCCAUCUUUCCUAUUCUAUUUAUAACACAAACGUGCAUGUCAACAUUUCAGUGAGGGGUUAGUUUAGGCCAAAAUUUAUAAAGAAAUUUCACCCUUUAUAGCUUCUGUUACUUACAUUACGGAGAGGGAAUAUAAGAGGGAAAGUACCCGGCUCACCUCAGCGAAAAUCUGUUAAUCAAACAAGAGAGGUCUGAAAAUGAUAUUCAUUUGCGGUAUCUGCAAAAAUAUUUAUCAAAGAAUUUGAGCAUAUUAAUGAUGGAAUGCUUUUUCCUUUGCUUUUAUGUCUGAGGGAAAAAAACCUAUCCGAAGAUUUUAUUACUAUUGUAUACCUUUUUAAUUUAUAUCUUUGUGGUAUUUACCUACUUUUUAUUCAUUUAUUUACCCAUGUUAUUUUUCAGUUUGCCCGGAGAAUCAACCACUGCUGUCGAAUUGCAACCAGAGACUGUGCAAGGAUGUGAGGUGUGACAAUCGGAGGAAUGUAAGGUGCAGGGUAAACCCAUGUGGUACUUGCAGACCCGAGUGUUACGACGUGGAAGGAGACAAAGUGCAGACUCCUCGAGGUAAGAAUGAAAAGUGAUUUAAUUCUUAAUAAUCUUCAGUCAGGAGCUUGAGGUGUUAUCCAGCUCUUUAUUGGGAAAUUUACGAAAAAAAUUCGCCCAGCUUUCAAUUAGUUGAUGUAUGAAUUCCCAGAAAUUAGGUUUAUCUACAAUGUCACGAUUUGCUCAUGCGCAAGAAGAGGUCUGAAGAUUUCAAUUUCUGGUUAACACUGAAAUUACCAAAAGCUGUUGUGCUAUAUAUCAUCCUUGUUAGAAUAUUGGUUUUUUUUACAGCCUUAACAAAGUGCGAGUAUCAGCGUAAAGAGAUGCGCCACCAAAGUUUUCGUGGCCACGUUCCGAGAUGCAAAGAAGACGGAAGCUUUGCUGAAAUUCAGUGCUAUCACGAGGUCAAGAUAUGUUGGUGUGUUGAUAAAGAAGGAAGAGAGAGGAAUGGUACGAGACAGAAAGGAGCCCCCUCAAACUGUAGCGCAGGGGGCCAAGGUGAGAGAAACAAAAUCACUCUGUCUUUGAGUUUAGAAGGAAAUUCCUAAAGCCACCGUUGGUAAGUCAUUUUGACGGAUUGGCUUUUUAACUAGGGCUCGUUAUCUUUGGACGCAGGCCAAGUAACAUGUACCAGGUCUAACGCGAAACGGGCACAAGUUCGUCUCUUCGCCAGCCUCGACUUGAUUUCCUCAAACCAGGUUUCCUGGCGGUUGUUUAAAUAUACUGAGCGAGUUCAAGAUCUAACGAACAUCCCUGCCUCUCAUAUACUAGAGUGCUAACCCAUCUCCUCCGAGAGUAUGAGAAAGGUUAACGAAAUUUAUAAAGUGCAUAUAUUCAGCUUAACAAAACAGAAUUUCGAAGAAAAGUUUUAAGAAUGUAGGCGCUUCGUCGGUGGAAUAGAUUUAACCGAACUGUAGCGCGUUCUACAGGUUUCCGUUUUACGAGUGAACGAAAUAUGUAGGUAUACCUGCGAUCGAGUACGCAGAAGAAUUAAACCUUAGCCCGAUCAUGCUAUUUAGAGUGAUCUGUUGUACUGCUGUAUCGUUCUAGUCUUGUCACCUUGUCAAACAGCCCAGCUCAGCAACAGAGAUCUCAAGAAACAUCUCCGUGUGAUGUCUAAGAGGUACGAAAGGACCGCAAAGACUUUAAGACUUAGAGCACAAAAUGCGACCCAAAGGAGGCAGCAAAGGAAUGAAAGCUGGCAAAAUAUUAGGCAGUGGUCGCAACGGGCAAGAACCUGCCGCACGUUUGCGCGGAUAACUCGCCAGCACGCGGUGGAUACAACUGUUCCGAAUUGUGCUGCAGACGGAAGUUAUGAAAGCAAACAGUGUGCAUGGUCUAGAAAAUUCUGUUGGUGCGUUGACGAAAAUGGGAAGCCAAGGGGAAAAAAGCAAUUAAAGCGAUAUGAAAAACUCAACUGUUCCAGGACUGCAGCUGGUAAGAAUGAGAUAAUUUACGAUCGUUAGGUAGGGCUGAGUCUGCUUUUGAGCUGCCGGGAUAGUACAGAGACCAAUUUUUUCGAUUGAAAACUACGUAGACAAAGGAUGAAAUAACAUCUUUUUAGCUAGAAUUCACAGUUUUCGUCUAAAACGAAAAAACACUCCACGUAGAAUCGACUAUUCUAUGCCAAAGUCUGGAUGUUCCCUCCCUGUUUCCACAUUUUCUCAUGAAAUAAAAGCUCACAAAUUCGUUUGUCACUGGUUGAUUACUGGAAUUCCCCUCUUUCAAUUACUUGCGGAAAUCAAUUAUCGUUCCUUAUCAUCCGUUGGUUGAAUAUGAUUUCCCUUUUUCAAUCCGAACAUAUCAUAAUUUUGGUGAUAUAAAUUUGGUUUGAGAACAGAACCCCCGGCUGACAUUUGUCGUAAUUUUUUACCCAAAGAGUAAUUUCUUUUUGAUCGAGUUUGUAAGCGGCUAAAUUGGAUGGUGCAAACUAGUCACUGUAACACAUAAAUUUUGAUUCUUCAAUGUGAAUACAGAUUACGAAAAACAGUGGACAUGUUCUUCGCUGCUAAGAUCUGGACAGCAUACGAGACGCAUCUGCACAAACCAUACUGAUUGUUCUGACUCAAAAGGCAGGUGCUGCGCAUUCAGCAGGUCCAGGAGUGGAGACAAAUUCUGUGUAGACCCACCACCUAAGAUGCCAGAAAGUAAGUGAAAGUUACAGAUGAGUGUGGUAUCAAUGACUGAUUGAAAAUCAAUUGGAAUAUCCUUGUUUAAGCGACAUAAUUAAUAUCUCAGUUUAAACAAGGGAUGGGCUUGAUAAAAGUGAAUGUAACUUGUUUAUAGACAUUUGAAGGAACACAUCUUAAUUAAGUACCUUCCUUUUUAGUGCAGCAUAUGGAAAACUUUUAUGUCCAGUUAUCUCCAGUUUUAAAGAUCAACCACAUGAAUCGAUGAAAAUUUAAACUAGUUUCGUUGAAUACUUUUUUAGACAUAUUUUACGGAACGUUUAGCGGGAACAAACUUUUUGGUUUCAGAAAUGAGAAUUUGACUUUACAAUACAGAUUUUACUAGCGUAGGAGCGUCACACACUAAUAUAAAAUAUGGCGUGAACUAUCAACUGCUGCUCCAGGGUUGAGAUCAUUGACUGUACUAGCUAGCUCCGACCUAGAUCAGCAAAUAAUUCGCUGUGGCUCAUUUGGUAGAGUAUAUGCACACUUCCACAAGAUAAAAACUGACGAGGCUAUUUUAUUUGUAUAGGCAAAAUUUUAUACCUGUUAUCCGGCGAUUCAAAGCCAGCCUUUUCUGUUAUAGACAAACCAGGUAUGUGCCCUGUUAUGCCAACGUCCGCCGCCUACAGGUGUAAAUCCCAAUGUGCGACUGACGCGGACUGUGAAGGGGAACACAAAUGCUGCAUGAUGGGAUGUGGGAGGAGGUGUGUUCCUCCGAACGAACCAGGUAAGAAACAGGCACGGUGGUGUAUCUUUUAAUUUUUAUCAUUUUCAGUUUCCUUCGCAAAUGAAAGAAAUGACAACAAGCUAAAAUGACAACAACAAGGUUCAAACCCCAGACUGGACUAUUACUCAGGGUCAUAAAAUAACUGGGAAGAAUUUGCUGCCAUUGCUUUGAAAUCGACAAAUGAUUAGACAUUCUGGUCUUCUCGGAAUGUAGGCCCCCGUCUCCUGUCUCUUCUCCGUACUAGUUAGCAAGGGACGUUAAAAAAGAACCCACAUACUUCCCGUAAAGAGUAGGGAACAUGGCUCCCGGUUUUGUGAUCUGGCCUCGUUAUUGUUUAAUUUAGUCCGCCAUUUAAACCAGCAUUGAGCUGAAUUGGAGCAGCCUAUCUAAAUAUCCCAAAUACAUACAUGUAACAAACGAAGUGAGGAACCCCACCCUCAUACUUGAAGCCCCCAAAAAAUUAUUACAAUUAUAAUUACAUCGAUCUAAUAAGAGAGACGAAAAUUUUCUUUGUUUAAUUGCAGUGUGCCCUAAGGACAAGCCUUUCAAACUGUGCAUCUAUGACAAGUGCCUCUCAUCUCCAGGCUGUUUCAAUCAUCCCACAGCUUAUUGUCGAAUGAAUUAUUGUGGAGGAUGUGUCGCUGAAUAUUUUGAUAAACAAAAUCGAAAAGUAGACUGUAGUAAUGGUAAAGAGAGGUCUUUAAUACUUCAAAUUAUUUUGAUGCAUAUCACGAUUCUCCAUGACUUUACAGUCCUCAUCAUAAUCAUGAUAAUUCCAGCCAUCUUUUCAGAUGGUGUGACAUAUUUACUUUAGACAUUGCCAAUCGAGCGAGUGGCUUCAUGGCUCAGUUGAUGGUACCACUCGACCAUCACCGGAAAAGUUCCAAACUUUUCGAAGCUUGAGUUUUCUUGGGCUUUAUAUUCUGCCUUUUCUGCAAUUGCAGACCAAAAUACUUCUCAAAAUUUUUUCGUUUUAGACGAAAUUGAACUGGAAUUCGACCGUUAUCAUAUUUACGAUCAUCAAAAUUGACUGAUGUCCCUGACGGUACUCAAAACAGAAUAUUAUAAUAAUUCCUGAGUGAGGUAUUUGUACACGUAUGUUCGUAGGAACUCAGUGCCAAAUUCAACGACAUUCGGCCUCAGAAGUGUACAAGAAGAAGUUUUUCGGAGUCUUUGGUACUCUGCCAGUGGUCAUUCCAGGAUCUCAAGUUGAAGACUACGGUCCAGGUAGCGUAGGAGGACAGGAUGUAAAUGGUGGUAGCCAAACCGGCAUUAAUGUUGGCAACCCAGGUAUACAGAAUGGAUUUCGAAAUGGCGCCUUGGGAUCAAGUGGAUCACGUGGUUCACGUGGUCCAUGUGGAUUCAGUGGUUCAAGUGGAUCUAAUGGAAGUAGAAGAUUCAGAACCCGAAGAAGAGGGAAAAGACCCAUCAAUGGAUUUCGCAAAGGAGAUCAAUCUGGACAGGAAAGACGUACAAGCAAUAACAACGAAAACAAUGGAAGGUAAAUCUCCAGGACUCUACUGAAAUCUUCCAACGAUUUGAUUGAUGAGUCUCUAUCGUUACUGCGCUGCCUUCGUGGUCUUCUAUCUCAAAUGCAAAUUGAAGUCCAGUACUUAAUUCAACUAGAAAAUGAUGAGCUUUAGUCUUUAUAGCCCAGAAGGCUGAUACUUUCAGAGCUCAUCCCAGUUUGCUCUUAGAAAUUAAAGAAUACACCUUAAGUCCAUCGCAAGGAAAACCCUUGGCAAUUCCUCAAGUCUCAUUGACCUUUUGGUGGUGUCCCAUUUAUAAAUGAGAGUAAAAGAUGUUGUAUGAGAACGCAAUAUAGUGAUCCUGCCAGGCAUCGAACCUGAAACUCUCUAUCUCCAGUGUAGUUUGCUAACUAUAGAACUUAGCAAUUAUCACCAGGUCAUCGAAUCUAUCACAAAACACGCAACAGACAUGUAGAAUCAGUAGUAGUGCCAUGACUAACUAUGGCCACUAACUGAGUUUGAUUGAAUGACCGAUUGUCUCCUGCAGGGAAGAAGACCUUGGUGUGUUCAUCCCUGUGUGUGAUUCAAAGGAUGGAGCGUUCAUAACAGAACAGUGUAACACCACGGCUGGUGUAUGUUGGUGUGUGGACGGAAAUGGUCGAGAAAUACUUAACACGCGCGAAAAGGUGGAAAGAGGAAAGAGAAACUGUGCAGCAGCUGUUAUCAAGAAAGGUGGUAAGUCUAGAUCAUUACCAGAUAAUGAAUGGACAGAUAUCACAGUUCUUGGGUCGCCAACAGAAUAUAAAGGAGGGGUAAUUGUUCGUGUUUGUUAGAACACCGCUAUCUGUCUUUGAUAGAGAAAGUGGUAAAGCUUAUUCCGGCAUUUAAUUCUGAUAGAGGUAGCAUUUGUUGAGUCUAGUGCAAUCUCAAGGUUCGAACUGUCUUGGAAAUUUGUGAUUCAAGUUAUGACGUUUUAGUCACAUGGUACCAAAAACUGUUUAUAAUGUUGGCGGUUGACAUAUUACAUGAUACAUUAAGCCAAGAGAAUACAAACUAAGUAAAUUCUCUUGAUUAAACUUAAUUUUUCAUCUGUAGACACUUAAGAGUGAUCACUUUCAAGACUUCAGGGUAUAUGCUGGUCUCUGGAGAGUGGAGACAUUUAAAAGAUUGAAAAAGACUUGCUAUCUUAGCUCUGUAUGUUUGAACUGAAAUGAAAUGCAUUUCCGCUUGAAUUCUAACGGUUUUUUUAUCAUGUUGUUAAGUCAAACGUGGAGAAGGAAAGAAGGGGCAGAAUGAAUUGAGGUAAAUAUUACAAUCUUGAUACAGACAUUUCUCGUGUCGGGAUGGAAAGAGGAGAGCGAUAUUCUUUGGUAGUUACGUUUCUCCUUCAUUUUACAUGACUGUCUGGCGUAAAUAUGUCUGCGUUCACAGGGUAACCGCAGAAAGCAAACCUCCAAAAACCUUGGUAGAUUUUUGUAAACAAGCCCAAGAAAUAACCCCGUAAAAAUGUCGAUGCUGUAGACCUACACAGUAUGUUUUAUCACGAAAAAUUUUGUAAGAGUGGACUUCAUGAAGGCGGAAUUUGAUUGAGUAAACAACGUUACUCCCUUACUGUAAGGCUGUGAGCAAAAUACAGGUUUUGAUAGCGUGCAUUAUUUCAUUGCGGUUUCCAAAUUUAUCACUCUUGAUAAAGAAUCCUUCAGAGAUUCCGUAGGCUGUCAGGACUCUAAGACUUAGAAAGGCCAUUAUCACGAAUAAUGUAAACCAAGGAUUUCACAACAGGUUUGAAUUGACAGCGUGAUCAUGGAAUUUGAUAGGGAGGUCCUUUAACACUUGUGCAUGAUUGUAUUCUUCACAGGGUGGCAAGAGUGACUUUAAGACUGGCGGGAGACUAUGAUGAAGUCGCUGCGAACAAAGAACGUUUUAUCAGGUGCGGACAUUUAAAAACAAGCAUUCCAAAUCAAAGCAAAUGCAAUCUCAGAUAACUCUCCACACUUGCUUGAGGAUUUUUUUUAAGCGUCAGGGCUUGUAAAGUAAAUGGGUGGAGCCCUUUUGAUUAAAAGUGGUAGGUACCCAUUCGUUCUGACGAAGGGCUAACGCUCGAAACGUCAGCUUUGAAACUCUUUGCGGUUGCCUAUUUACGUUAUAAGCUCAGUUGAUAAUAAUAAAUGACCCUGUUAUACUCUCCCACCGAGACAGCACCACAGUUUUUUCAGAAACUCACCCCCUCUACGUAAGUCAAACUUCAAUCAUCAUCUACAUCUAGCCCUCAACGUAACUAGAAAGGAUCUAUUCUAUACGAGAUGUUUAUUUGCAUCUUGUUUUCCUGACCUUCCCUAGGUACGUAGAGGACGAAAUCGUCAAGAAGUCUAAUAAUAGGAUCAAGAAGAAACAAAUUCGGAAUAUCAAGGUAACUGAAAUAACUACAAUAACAAUAGAUAGCUUCAGCGUAAACUUAAUGGAAUUCUGAACGAAUUCCCAGUUGUCUUCCCACAAUCACAGAACGACACAUGUUGCCAUUCAGAAGUGUUUUACUUGGAGUUAGUAGUCUAAGCCUCCAUUAAUUGGCCAGCAUCAGAAUGAAAGCCACUGGGUCACCAAAUUCCCUGGGCCGAGUUGUUCAAAGCACGAUUAAGCUAACCGGGGAUUAAUAACAAUCCUUGAUUUAGUUUUGAAACUGUACAGACAGUUUUAAAGUUCAUAUUUUUCCCUUCAUUUUUGUAUUACAUCAAGGUAAAACCCUUCAAAACGUAAGCCCUAAUAUACACUUUAUCUCACGAGAAAUCAAGGACAAGUUAAAACCUCGAUCCAAGGUUAUCACUAACCGCGCGCCUCUCGAAGAACUGGGCCCAAUUCUUUGGGGAUAUUGACAAUCCCAAGGCCUUUAUUACAGUAGUGUGCUACAUAAGAAUAAAUAAAAACAAACAAACAAACAAACGAUUUAAAAAAAAGAACAAAUAAAUAAAACAGAACAAAACACAAUAAAAACGAAAGAAAGUAAAUCUCAAUAUUUAUGUCAUUCAUUAACUUUCUGACCAAAACAGAAUUUCUCCUACGGUAUUAAUAUACUUUCAAGCAGAAAGGUACUAAAAGGGAAGAUGGUUAUCAAUCAAACGGUAUUGUUCGAAUGCACAAGAAUUUCCCUUAUCAAAGAUUAUGCGAAAUUUAAUGCCGAAAGUCGGGAAAAAUGAUGUUUAGACGUUGGGGGUGAAAUGCGCUGAAAUGGGGAAGUGAUACCUUACGAGAGAGAAUAAGACAUUAUUGAAUAUACCUGAGUUACCAGAAUGCUAAUGUCAAUUUUUUCGCUCGGGCGGUUAGCUCGAAAGGGAAGGCAUCAAAGUGACAUUCGAGAUCGUCGAAGAUAGUGAGUCUACGGCUACGCUGGAUGAAAUCUUGGCAACGUUGGAAAGUCAUGUGAGUCAGUUUUAAUCAUCAGGCCAUCACUUUCCUUGGUCUGUCUUUGCUUAUUCUGUGGCUGCAACCUGAUUCAGAUUGAUCAGUGAUUUACGUUUCCUUGUUUCAUGCCCCACUAUCUAUCCUGUUUGCUUUACUUUUCGACUUUCUCUUUGGAAACGUGAGCCAACUUUGGUUGCGAUUCACCAUGGCUAUGACUAGGAACUGUCAUUGGCUUUAUCACCAAGCUGCUUGCACAUGGCGAUUUUCAUAGGUGAUUACCUGUAAGUCCUAACGUUGCAACUUCGUUUUCUGUAAACCAGAUAAGAUCCAAGAAUUUUGUGGUCAAGAUGCAAGACAAAGAAUACCCUUCGGAUGGAGCCUUUCAUGUUUCGUUGCAUGUUCAGCGUGAUGACGACCGAAAAGAGUCUGAACCCAAACGUUUGCUGGCGACGAUAGACGCAGCUACUAUCGGGGCCCUUAGUGGGAUUAUCCUUUUUGGAGCAGUGUUGUUCGUUUUGAAGCUCUGUGUAAGUAUUAACCAGGACUCAGUUGUUCGAAGGCCGAUUGGCGUUAACCUAGGGUUAAAAUUUAAUCCAGGUUUCUUUAAAAGCCUUUGAAGGGAAAAUUUUCCCUAUUGAUUUUAGAAGAUCCAAUGAUCAAAUUGCAAGAAAAAAGAUUUAAACUGAAUUUUAUUUUAAAGUUUUCAGACCUGAAAUCAAAUUUCACACUAACCUGGGUUACCUUAACCUAGCUUUGAACAACACGGGCCAGGCGGUUAGUACUAAUCCAGGAAAAUUCGAGCUCUGUUUUGAUUUUUAGUACAAAAGAGCGUAUCCAAAGGCCGGAUUUUGAUGAUUGUAUCUUGCUUCAAGGUGAAAUUGAUGGGAAAAAAAACACAUAGGUAACAGACCUGUUUUGAAAGCUGCAAAGCCAAGUUAAAAAAAAAAUGCAAAUCGCAUAAGUUUGCAUGUGGUGGCUCAGAACCGUUUCUCUAUUUCCUACCACAAUUUUUCUAUCGCUCGAUACUUCCACUAAUUUCAUUUCCUUGAAAAGAGUGUCAAGUUCCUUCGUGUCAGGGAUUCGUUUAUCCCGGCCUAGUAGAUGGUGGAGAAUUAUGGCCAGUGAUGCUCUUCUGAAGCUAUAAUCUAUUUCAGUUGAUUGCGCCGCACUUUAUCAGCUUUAAUCUUAAAAGGACUGUCAAUUUUUGUUCCUUUUAAUGACUGAAUUUUAUCUCUCAUGUGAUCUAGCUCCGAAGGAAGAAGAAAGACCCUGAGAACUGGCAAGACAAGGUUGAGGAGAAGCCUCCGGUGGAACAGUACGUCAUGCCGGGACCCGAGGCAGUGACGAAUCUGUCUCCUAAGACUGGGCCUGAGCUGGAGACAGGGCUAUCAUCAAAGUCUGACUCUCAGGAUCAUGUUUGAACUAAGAUGUCGAAUUUUUCCUUUUGUAGCUUGCAACAGUAAAAUGCAAUGACUUUACUUGGUAAACAAUUGAAGGUGUAGUGCUUUUUAUAAGGCUUCGCAUUAGUUAAAGUUAAAGUUACAAUAGUUUAGAAAAUGUCUAGCUAUCUCGCCUGUGAGAGAGUUAAGAGAAGGAGAAGGGGCCCUUCAGUAUUAAGCUCCCUUCUGAAGGAAGAGUGGAGAGCGAGUUUUUCAAGCCGUUGUAGUUUUACCAUUUACGCAUGUAACCAUUUGUUGAUCACUCUGCUGAUUAAUAAUAAACCUUUGAUCGAAAGGAACUGUGUAUUUUUCCAGGAUUUCUUUUGUCUCCAUACAUUCUACAAAUUAUUUUUUUUCAACUUUCUCUGAAUUUUUCUAAGGGUUAGGUAUCAGCCUUUUUAGGGUACCUGUAAAAGACAUUUUCCGUUUUCACUUCUGCAGAUCUUUCUUUUGAAAGCCUAUCAGAGCAAUACCUACGCCUGUGGAUUGUCGAACGGAGGAAAU